AUGGGUAGUGUAACUGGUACAAGGUCAUACGCAGGGGAAUCUUAUACUGUAUUCGCCGACUCAAAAGAUGAACUAAGGGCAUGUUAUAACAAGACAAUAUCCCCAACUGGGCUAUGGCGUGUGGAGAAUCCGUUGAUGCAAGCUCUCCCAGUCACUGUUAUAAAACUCGUCAUGGCCAUGGUCAGCACUCGUCUUGCUAUGCUCCUACUCAAACCCUUCUACCAACCGCGUAUUGUUGCCGACAUUCUUGGUGGCUUUUUAAUGAGUCGGAAUAUGAGGGGUGAUUUGUACCCACAACUAUUUCCCAUAAGUAACACGGUGGUUGCCGAGACCUUAGCAAACUUAGCACUCGUUUACCACAUGUUCCUGGUGGGUUUAGAGCUUGACUUCAAACCAAUACUACGUGCUCGUAGGAAGGCUGUCAGCAUUGCCCUUACUGGCAUGGUCUUUUCCUUCCUUACUGGUUGGGUCUUGUAUCGUUAUAUACUCCUCAAAGACUUCGCUAAACAAACAAAAAACAUGGGCACUAAGGACGGCUCAUUCUUUUGGGGAAUUACUCUUGCCACAACCAACUUCCUGGACCUUGCCAAACUCCUUGCUGAUCUCAAACUUCUCUAUUCUGAUGUUGGAGGACUCGCCUUGUCUGCCUCCGUUAUCUCCGAUUUGUGUUCAUGGAUUCUUCUUUUGCUUGGAAUGGCAAUAGUGAAAAGUAGACCAUUGCUUACUGUGGGGUCCACCUUGGCUUUUGUAGGACUCUGUGUUUUUGUAGUACGACCAGCUCUCGUGCGGAUCAUUAAUCGCCGGAGGGGAGCACAGGAGAAUGGCAACGAUAAUGAGCUUGCAUGUUAUGUUAUGGCCGGAGUGGUGCUUUGCGGGUUAAUCACCGAUGCAUGCGGGUCCCACUCCAUCGUAGGGCCUUUUGUAUUGGGAAUCAUUAUGCCUAAGGGAGAGUUCUCAAGCAUGCUUACAGAGAAUAUGGGAAAUUUCGUGCGUGAGAUUCUGAUGCCCUUCUUCUACUUGAUCAAUUCCAGAAGACUGAGUUUCUCUGAUAUUCUGAAUACGAAAGAUCCAGAGGAGGCAAAAACAGGGACUAACAUAUAUCGUGUAGUGUUAAUAAACCUGGUUUCCUACGCAGCAAAAAUCGUGAGCACUUUCGUUGCCUGCGUAUUGAACAAAAUGUCACCUCGAGAUAGUCUGACUGUUGGAGUACUCAUGAACACCAAAGGCCUAUUGGCACUCAUCAUACUUAACUCUGCUCGAGACUUAAAGAUCUUGAACAAACAAUCAUUCACACUAAUGACGGUGGUGAUUUGGAUUAUGACAUUUUUCGUGGGGCCGUUUCUUGCCCUUUUUUACAAGUCAAGUGCUAGGCCUUUGGUGCAAUACAAACAGAGGAACGUACGAAGCGUUGGACCUAAUACCGAGCUUCGAAUCCUUGCAUGCACCCACACCUCACGGAAAAUGUCUGGCAUUAUCGACCUCAUUGAUAGUUCUAACCCAACCGAAAAAUCCCCUAUUCAUGUCAUUGUCACACACCUCGUGGAGCUAACUGGCCAUGCUUCAGCCAUGUUGGUUGUGCACAACACUUGCAAACCGAGUAGCACAAACACAACAACCAAUGAUGCACACUCAACGGACUACGACUCCUCAAAUGGCUUUCAACUCUAUGCCCAACAAAGAGAAGGAAUCGUCACGGUGCAAACAAUCACCGCCGUGUCCCCUUAUGCCACGAUGCAUGAGGACAUAUGCAACCUGGCUGAGGAGAAUCGUGUUUCCCUCAUAAUCAUCCCCUUCCACAAACAAUCUGCCAUAUCGGAUGGAGGAGCAGCGAUACAAGAUUCAAACUACUCGCAUUUAAAAUGCCUCAACAACAACUUGAUUGCACAUGCGCGCUGCUCUGUGGCUGUUUUUGUGGAUCAUGGUCUCGGUACGUCCAACUCCGGCCACCACUUUGCCAUUCUCUUCAUCGGAGGGGAAGAUGACCGUGAGGCUUUAGCAUAUGCAGGGAGGAUGGUCGGGCAUCCUAGGGUUAUGAUAACAGUUAUACGAUUUAACUUUAACUCAAAUAAAGGGGCACCGAAAGUUUACUCUAAUGAUAAUGAUGAUGUGGAUGAUAGCGAUAGCGACAGUGAUGGUGAUGGUGAUGAUGAAAUUUUGGUGGCAAUGACAAGUUCUGGGAAGCAAAAAAAACUUGAUGACUUGUUCAUAGAUGAGUUUAGGUUGAGGUCAAUAAGCGAUGACUCCCUAGAAUUUUUAGAGAAGUCAGUAACAAGUUGGGAACAAACUCUCACACUAAUAAGUGCAAUGGAAGGUGACUAUGACAUGUUCAUAGUUGGAAGAAGCCAUGGGAGCAACUCAAUCGACACCUCCACAAUGUUACUAGAAUGUAGCGACGCUAAUGAGAUGGGAGUUCUUGGAGAUGCAUUGGCAUCUUCGACCUUUUCGGGUAGUACAUCCAUUCUUGUAGUGCAACAGGGUGAGGAUUUAGAUAUUGUUUAA